AUGGUCCGGCACAGCGUCGUGUUCGGCGGACUCGGCAGCAAGGCCGGCAACAGCGGCGAUACGAACGAGGCGUCCAACACCGACAGCGGCGAAAUACUGCAAAGGCGCCGGCGGAGCUCGAUCAGGGUGCCCGGCUUCAUGUCGAGCUUGCGCAGGCUGUGCGACGGCGUACAGCGUCAGGCACGCAGCCGCAGCAACAGCAACGGGUCCAACGGAUCGGACGUUGCGAAGAAGAGCAGCAGGUCGACGGAGAACCUCGUGGCAGCGUCAGGCGAAGGCUGCAGCGACGCGAAGAGCGUGCAAUCGACAAUCGACCUCGUCGACGCGCGAGGCAUGGUGAUCGGCGCGGGAGGACUGGCAGGGACCGGACGGCAGAAGGAUACCAACGGGUUAGAGCCAGAAGAACGAGAGAGCGAAAGCGGGGAAGAAAUGGACGGGGCGGCCACGACAAAAUCGUCGACAGCCGAGGAUCGCGGGGAUUUCCACCUCUCGAGGCUUCCCAAAUUGAGAACGUACAUCGUUGUCCACUCACGCGCCCACUUCGCAUUCGUGAUCACACACGUCCAUGUCAAACGGAGACGGCUGGACGACGCUGCUAAGGUCCACGGCGAAGUGUGGCUACCACCCCACAACCAUGAAGCCGCAGGAAGUGAUCAUCGCCGACUCCAGUCGCCAGCUGCGGUGCCCGGAGGCGACGACGACGGCACCAGGCACCCAUUCUCGCCCUCUUCGCGCCUCGACCAGCACGCCUCGCCAUCGGCAUACAACAUUAACCACGACGACAACCACCAUCACAGCACCGCCUUCACUCAGGCCCCUACCUCUACCAUGGUCUCCGAAGUAUCGGUAUCAGCUGCAGUGGCAGCAGCAAACUCUGCAUCCUCGGUAUCCGGCUUUUCCCCUGAACUGCUGAUGGAUCCCCUGCUUGCAUCGUCUCCUGGCAGCGGCGGCGGCCACGCGCAGUGGCAGGGCAGCGCCGGGUUUCUCCCUCCGAGCCCGGACGAUUACAAUUGCAACCCAAUGUUCUUGGCCUCGCAGGAGGAGCUGCGCAGCCUUCUCUUCAACACCGCCCAGUCAACUCAUCCCACGCGGGCCUCGAGCCCUGCCGCCGCCGGCGGAGGUGGCAGGUACGCCGACGAGAUUAUCGACGCAGGAGGAGGCGGUGGCGGCGGUGGUGGCGGAGUAGGGGGCUCGUUGUCCUUGGCCUCGGAUCGGAACCAGAUGAAGCAGAUCCUGAGCACCCGCAAGAGGGUCGAGUACCUGAAGAACUAUCUCGCCAAAGUGGCGCCUUGGCUCGACAUGUUCGACACCUCCCGGCACUUCGGCAUCACCGUGCCCGCGCUCGCGCAAACCCAGCCGCCCUUACUCUACGCCAUCCUCGCUCUCUCAGCCCGUCAGAUGGAACGCCUCAACAGCGGCAGUGGGUCUGGGCGCCGUGGCGGCGGCGGUGUCAGUGGUGGCAGCAAGCACUACCCGGCCUCCGAGUCCUUGGAACUCUACCAGGAAGCCAUCCGGCUACUAACGCCCAAACUCCCCGAGCGAUCCCCGCACAUCCUGACCUGCUGCGUCAUCCUCUGCUGUCUCGAGAUGAUGUCGGCAAGCCCGCAGGACUGGCGUCGUCACCUUGAAGGCUGCGCGACGCUGUUUGACUCAUUCGAUGUAAACGGUUUUAGUGGUGGCUUGAUGCAGGCCGUAUUUUGGUGUUACUCGCGCAUGGAUCUUUGUGGCGCAUUGAUAUCUGAUGGCACCGAAAGCACGCUCCUUGCGCUCCGCAAAUGGGUCCCUGCAAACGUGGCCGAGGACGACGUCCAUGAUCUCUUCGCAUCCCACCGCAGCCCGGACAUGCACGCCAACUACGCCGUGUAUCUCUGCUCCAAAGCGUGCGAGCUACUAUCGGACCGAACCAAGUACGCCGAACUUGGCGUCGACAACGGCUGUACCGGCCCUGCUUACGCUUUGCGUUGGAAGCGACUUUGGCACGAGCUGUCUCUCUGGCUCGACGAGCGCCCGGCCGAGCUGUUGCCAGCCAAAACGAUACGGCAGAAGAGCGACAAGCCGUUCCCGGAAAUCCUCUUUAUUCACUGGGCUGCCAUUAGCUCGAACCAACUGUACCAUACCGCGUGCAUCUUGCUCCUGAACUCCAUGCCCAAGAGCCUGAAACUCGACCCGCUGCCGGUCCAUAAUCCGCUGUGGCACGCCAGGCGGCCCCUAUGGAUAGCCGGGCGCAUGCUGGGCCAUCAUUCCGAACAUGCAGCCGUGAUCGAGCUGAUCCGCAACAUCGAGGCUCAGACAGGAUGGGGCAUGUACUGGAGAAUCCGAGAUUUGGAAGAAGCGUGGGGCUAUCGGGUCCGCUGA